CAGUGGGUGCAUUAUGCCGAAAAUGUGACAUUUCUGUAGGUCACACUUGAUAAAUCAUUAGAUUUAGAGAAUAAAUAUAUUUAAUAAACGACAGACGCCUUUACGAUGGAGGUGUUGACGUUCCUCUGCCGACACAAGUCCUCGCUCCCCAGAACACUCAGCAAAGUCUGCAGAAGGAGCCACCACUGUCGAUCGCAUUCCUCUGUGCACGUCCCCCCCAAACCGGUGGCUCCCACACCCCUGGUGUCGCGUCUCUUCCAGCCCUCGAACCUGCGCGAGGGUCAGGACACGGGGGACAUGACGUGCCGCAGCCAGAGGCUGAUGAUGCAGGCCGGCCUCGUUCACCCGUCCAACCCGGGCUGCUUCUACUACCUCCCCGCCGCCCUGCGCUCCCUGGAGAAGCUGGUCAGGCUGAUCGACCAGGAGAUGCAGGCCGUCGGCGGACAGAAGGUGGACAUGCCGGCGCUGUGCGGGGCGGAGCUGUGGAGGCGCAGCGGACGCUGGGAGCUCAUGGGGAAGGAGAUGUUCAGGCUGCGGGACCGACACGAUGUCGAGUACUGCCUCGGGCCGACGCACGAGGAGGUCGUAACGGAACUGCUGGCCUCUCAGAGCACGCUGUCCUACAAACAGCUUCCGCUGCUGCUCUACCAGGUCACGCGGAAGUUCCGCGACGAACAGAAACCCAAGUUCGGGUUGCUGCGCGGCCGAGAGUUCUACAUGAAGGACAUGUACUCGUUCGACGUCAGCGAGGAAGCCGCUCUCCGCACGUACGACUCCGUGUGCCACGCCUACGCCCGCCUGCUGGACCGCCUCGGCCUGAGUUGGGUGCAGGUCCAGGCCGACACCGGAAACAUCGGCGGGACUCUCUCACACGAGCUCCACCUGCCGGCGGACGUCGGCGAGGACCGUCUGCUCGUGUGCGGGAGCUGCGGAUUCUCGGCCAACGUGGAAACCCUGGACGACCACGAGACCUGCCCGCGGUGCCACGAAUCCCAGCUAAACGAGUCCAAGGGCAUCGAGGUGGGGCACGCGUUCUACCUGGGGACGAAAUAUUCGCGAGCGUUUAACGCCACGUUCGUCAGCGCUCAGAACAAACCCGAGGUGACGGAGAUGGGAUGUUUCGGACUCGGGGUCACACGUAUCCUCGCCGCAUCCGUCGAGGUCCUCUCCUCCGAGGAGGGCAUCCGCUGGCCCGGGCUGCUGGCCCCCUAUCAGGUGUGCGUCCUGCCCCCUAAGAAAGGCAGCAAGGCUGGCGAGGCCGUCCACCUGGCUGAGGAGCUGGUCCAGACGUUAGGGAGCUGUUUACCUGACCUGAAAGGAGAGGUGGUGCUGGACGACAGGACGAAUCUGACCAUCGGGAAGCGGCUAAAAGACGCCAGGAUGCUGGGCUACCCGUACGUGGUGGUGGUGGGGCAGAAAGCCACGCAGGAGCAGCCCGAGUUCGAGGUCGUGUGUCAGAAUACGGGCGAGACCUUGUUCCUGGGUAAAGACGCCCUGCUGGACCUGUUAAAGGAAGUGGAAACUAUAUGACACGCCCGAGAUACCAGUUUGAGCUUUGUAUGUGAUAUGUGAAGUGAAGAAAUGAUUAAUAAAAGUCGUAGUUGGUGCAGAUU